AUGGAUCCCCACUCCCGCUUCUCCCACUUCAACUCUCGCCAGACGAGAACUGCCCCUGGUCCCUCCUCUUCUCGGUAUAUGGACCCUCGUCCAAAGCCGCGCAUCAAUCUCGAAGAUCUACCUCCCAAGGCUUCCUCCAAGUUUCCCGCUUCACCCAAGACGUCCUCGUCCAUCACUUCUCCAUCCGCUCUCUACGCAGAGCGGCCAGUGGCUACGAACUCAAGGAUAAAGCAAGACGAGCAAUACCGUAAAGACAUCCACCUUGCGUUCGUGAACAAUGCUCUGCAGCUUAAAGCUCAGGGGCAAGGAGAUGCGUUCGACGAGCUUGUCGAUCAGUUCAACCCUCGCAAGAUCGCUGCCAUCAGACCGGAUGCCCCUUCCCCCGCACCGCAGUUACGCCUAUGGCUCAUUGCCCUUUCGCAUGUCAUCUCUCGCAUCGAACGCUCCCAUCAUGCGCUAGUUCAGUCCAUCGUCAAUAUGCCUUGGACCACCAUGGAUACAACUUUCGUCCGCACAUAUACCAAUUUCGUUGGUAUGCUCUUGAGCGCCAGGCCGGAAUAUCUGUCGCUGGUGCUGGGAAGGAUUGCGCAGAGUUUCACAUACCAGUCCGGUUUGCAGGCAGUUGACACCGGCAUGCCCGAGGGUUCUGCAAGACCGCUCACACGACGCGUCGUAUAUGACCGCGUACACUACCUCCUCCGUCACUUGACUUCGAUUGUGCCCACAUAUCCGUCCACCCUUCAACCUUUACUCGCUCGCAAUUUCCCCCACAAGCGACACAAUCAAAUCGCUCAAGUCACCUAUAUUCGCAAUCUCCUCCGUGUAACCGACUACUGCCCGGAGAUCGCCGACCGCAUUCUAGCGUUGGUCAUAGACCGCGCGAUCCAGAUAGACGUUGAAAUCCAGGUAGAGCUGGAGGAAUUGGAGGAACAGCUAGAGUCUGAGGACCAUGGCGAAAUGUUCGACCUGGAUCCUUUCGAUACUGUUGUUGGUCAGGAGGGUGAGGAGAGCGAUUCAGAUGGAGAAGAUAACGACGCGAACGAAGAUGGUGACAACCUGAGCGACCUGUCCUCCGAUGCUGGCGGAAGCCCUGAUGAUGAUGAAGACGAAGCCGACGUAGAGACCGACUUCAAGCAUAUCCAGGGCAUGGUGAACAAGCUGGAUGCGAUCCUGAAAGUGGUGUUCGACCACUUCAACAAGACGCACGCCGCGUCGGAUCCUGCAGUGAUCCCUCCAACCUCCCCACCUUCGCGCCUCGACUCGCCCCUCGCUCUCAAUACCGACGUCGCCGCACUGCCUGCAAUUUCGCCUGAAGAGGGCAAAGCCCGCCGACGGGCGCAGUUCCACACACUUCUUGCCAUCUUCGACCGCACCAUCCUCCGCACCUUCAAGUCCCGUUACACCCAAUUCAUCAUCUUCUGGUACUCCUCCCUCGAUCCAGAGUUCACGGACCUCUUCCAAGGUAUGCUUGUCUCCAAGGCGCUCCUCGAGGAAGACCUGCCCCCCGUCACCCGCGCUGCUGCGGCCAGCUACAUCGCCUCGUUCGUCUCUCGCGCCCAGUUUGUCGACCGUGAGGGCGCGCGUCGCGUCAUCUCGGUGCUCUGUCUCUUCCUCCGCGCGCAGCUCGACGCGCUCGAUGCCGCCGCCCAGCUCGGCUUCCCGUCCACCGCAGCGGCCGUCGCGCAGCACGGCGUGUUUUAUGCCGCCGUGCAGGCCGUCUUCCUCAUCUUCUGCUUCCGCUGGCGCGACCUGCUCGAGGAGCACUCGGAAGGCGAGGCGGACGCAGACGAGGAGGUGGACGAGUUCGCGGGCGCCGCCCGCCGCCCGCCUAAGAAGUGGAUGGAGCACCUCGACGUCGUCCAGCGCGUCGUCACUUCGGAACUCAACCCGCUGAAGGUGUGCUCACCGAACGUCGUGAUGCAGUUCGCGCGCGUCGCGCACGCGACCGGCUUCGUCUACUGCUACUCCAUCCUCGACGCAAACCGCCGCUCGGACUACGCGCUCCCCGCGGCGACGGCCGCGGCCGCGCGGCCAUCCAAGGCGCGCAUCCACGCGCUCGAGCGCGCGAUGACCUCGGAGCUCAACACGUUCUUCCCCUUCGACCCGUACAAGCUCCCGCGCUCGGGCGAGUAUAUCCAGGGCGUCUACCGCGAGUGGGCGUCGGUGGCCAUCGACGACGAUGACGAUGACGAGGACGAGGACGAGGAUGAAGAGGGAGAAGGCGUCACAGACGUGGAGGAGAGCGAGGAGCCAGCGGGUAUCUUGGUCAACGGCGCACGGCAGGUGGAAGCGGAUGGCACGGACGGGCUAGGGGAGUCGUUCGGCGGAAUGAGCAUCAGCCCUGCACGCCCUAUGCCGCCUGUACAAAACUCGGUCGUCGUGGUAUGA